GGAAAUGGUGUAUCUGAUUAGUCGAUGCAAGUAUGGCGGCUGCGUCGACCCGAGCGGUGACGGAGCAGCAGCCUUCCGCGCCGCCGUCAGCGCCCAUUCCCUUUGACCUUUCUCAGCCCCCUGUCAUUGAAGGCUUCUACCCUUCUUCCAAAACCAAGGAUGAAACUUUUAAAGAGAAAUUCAUCAGGAAAACCAAGGAGAACCCUUUCGUCCCGAUAGGCUGUUUGGGAACUGCAGGGGCUCUGAUGUAUGGCCUCCGCGCUUUCCAACAAGGGAAGACCAGACAAUCCCAGAUGCUGAUGAGGGGACGCAUCUUUGCUCAAGGCUUCACUGUCGUUGCCAUCAUUGUGGGUGUCUUUACCACAGCUCUGAAACCCAAGCAGUGAGGAUGGGCCAGACAGCCCAUCUUCCAGCCACAUGAGGGGAAAUGCAACCUAAAACUCAACUGAACACACGUGUUCAGAGUAUUUUGUAAAACUUUUAACAUUAAAUGUUUGAACAUGUUUUGCUUGAGACCUGAAGAAAAUGUGUAUAUUCAGCUUCUAAUCCCAACAAGUGAGCUGCAGCCGUGAAAUUCCGAUUCACCAAAACGAUUGAAAUAGUGAAAACUUGCCUUAAGUUUGGAACUUAACAGCAUAUUGCAGUGUUGCCAGACUUUUAUUUUAAAUGUGAAUAUGCCAGAAUAAACGAGGUGUGAUAAACCA